CGCGCGCGGGCUCGCGAUUUUGGAUCUUUUUUUUUUCUUUUUCUUUUUUUUUUCAAUUUAUGAAAAAUCCCAUUUGCGGACGCAGAUAUUGCUUUCGACAUGGGGCUGUGCUACAGUCUGCGUCCCCGGCUCUUCGGGGACCUGAGCGGGUCCAUUUCCAACGCCGCCUCGGACUCGGAUCAGCCGCCGGACGCUGCCCCGCCGUCCCGGGCCGGGGGAGCCCGCCAGGAGGACGCGGGGGGAUGCGGCGAGACGUCGGCGCUCCGCGGCGGCCAACUCCGCUACGGGGACACGGCCAAGCUCCCGUCCGGGGAGCAGCUCCGCACGGCGGGCACUGACGGCGUGCUCAUACAGAACGGCGGCGGCGGAGGCGGCGGCGGCGGCGGAGGCAAGGGGAGCGGGAAGGACCGCGGUCGACGCUUGCAGCUCCUGCAGAAGACCGGCGCCCAGAAGCAGAAGAACUGGGACAAAUUGCUGGUGGAGGAGAAGGAAGCCGAGAAGGAGGCGAAGAAAGUCAGUAAGAAUAUUGACAGGGCGCUCAAGGAGCUCAAGCGGGAGUACAAACAGACACAUCGGCUGCUGUUACUCGGUGCGGGAGAGUCCGGAAAAAGCACCAUCGUGAAGCAGAUGAGGAUCCUACACGUCAACGGCUUCAACGCAGAGGAAAAGAAACAAAAGAUCCAAGACAUACGGAAAAACGUGAAGGAUGCCAUAGUGACCAUAGUGUCUGCAAUGAGCACUUUAAUACCCCCAGUCCCGCUAGCCAACCCAGAGGACCAAUUCAGAAUCGAAUACAUCAAAAGCAUAGCUCCUCUCUCCGACUUUGACUAUUCACAGGAGUUCUUUGAACAUGCAAAGAAGCUGUGGGACGAUGAAGGAGUGAAGGCAUGCUUCGAGAGAUCCAACGAGUACCAGCUCAUCGACUGCGCACAAUAUUUCCUAGACAGAAUUGACUCUGUAAGACAGAGUGACUACACACCAACUGAUCAGGAUCUGCUACGCUGCCGAGUGUUAACUUCAGGGAUUUUCGAGACGAGGUUUCAAGUAGACAAAGUGAACUUUCACAUGUUUGACGUUGGGGGCCAGAGAGACGAAAGGAGAAAAUGGAUCCAGUGCUUUAAUGACGUCACCGCUAUCAUCUUUGUGGUGGCCAGCAGCAGCUACAACAUGGUAAUAAGGGAAGACAACAACACCAACAGGCUACGGGAAGCCCUGGAUCUCUUCCGCAGUAUUUGGAACAACAGAUGGUUACGCACUAUAUCGGUCAUUUUAUUCCUGAACAAGCAGGACAUGCUGGCUGAAAAAGUAUUAGCUGGAAAAUCCAAAAUCGAAGACUACUUCCCUGAAUAUGCUCGCUACACUAUACCAAAUGAAGCAACUCCUGAACCGGGUGAAGACCCGAAAGUGACGAGAGCUAAGUUCUUCAUCCGAGAUGAGUUUCUUCGGAUCAGCACUGCGAGCGGAGAUGGCAGACACUACUGCUACCCCCACUUCACCUGCGCCGUGGACACGGAGAACAUCCGCCGCGUGUUCAACGACUGCCGCGACAUCAUCCAGAGAAUGCACCUGCGGCAGUACGAACUCUUGUGAUCGAUGGUGGGAGCCAUCAGCCCUCCUCCCCCCGCCCCAUCAGCCUUCUGAAUUUUCUUCAACCACCAUUCUGCAUCCUCAACUCCCAGCCCCCUCCAAAUGCACCACACACCUGUCCCACCACCACCACCACUACUACACCCCCCAGAACCUCUACCUGAAAAAAAGAAGACAGUGCCCCUGCCCCAAACUCAUACCCCCCCCCACCUUCCCAUCGAGGACUAUGAAGUACUACUGAAGUGUGUCAAAUCCUCUCCCUCUUCUUCAUUUAGCUUUUUUCCCCAUCGUCAUUUUUUAUUUCAUUUUAUUUUAUAAUUGUUUUUCAUAGUUUUGUUUUUUGUGUGAGAACGACGUGUCCCUGUUUCACCGACGUACAGUGCCUUGCAAAAGUAUUCGACCCCCUCGACAGUCACCACUAAUUUCUGGAUUAUAAAAGAUCCUCGCACAUCUGCUCCUGAACAAUAUUAUUUUUGUGAACCCGGAAGCUCUAACAGCAUGUUCCCAAAGCCAGAAUAAGUUA